GGCGGCGUCGUCCGCGGGGCCUUGGGCUCUGGCGGCGAGGCCCUGGUGGGCGCGAGGCAGGGGGAGGGGGAGGAGGAGGAGGAGCCCGCGGCCCGGGCGGCGGCGGCUCUCGAGUUCCCCGUAGGGCUCCGCCUCGGAGCGGGCGGCGGCGGAGGAGGAGACUGAGGAGCAGGAUGGCGGCCUCGGCCCUGUAUGCCUGCACCAAGUGUACCCAGCGCUAUCCCUUCGAGGAGCUCUCCCAGGGCCAGCAGCUCUGCAAGGAAUGUCGGAUUGCGCAUCCUAUUGUAAAAUGUACCUACUGCAGAUCAGAAUUUCAACAAGAGAGCAAAACCAACACAAUUUGUAAGAAGUGUGCUCAAAAUGUGAAACAAUUUGGAACACCCAAGCCUUGUCAGUACUGUAACAUAAUUGCAGCAUUUAUUGGUACCAAGUGUCAGCGUUGCACAAAUUCGGAAAAAAAAUAUGGACCACCUCAGACCUGUGAACAGUGCAAACAACAGUGUGCUUUUGAUCGGAAGGAAGAAGGAAGAAGAAAGGUUGAUGGAAAGUUACUAUGCUGGCUCUGUACUUUAUCAUAUAAGAGAGUUUUACAAAAGACAAAAGAACAAAGGAAGAGCCUGGGAUCUUCACAUUCAAAUUCAUCUUCUUCUCUAACUGAUAAAGACCAGCAUCAUGCAAAACAUCAUCACCAUCAUCAUCAUCACCACCAUCGUCACAGCAGUAGCCAUCACAAAAUCAGCAAUCUAAGUCCAGAACAAGAGCAGGGACUGUGGAAACAGAGCCAUAAAUCCUCUGCAGCAAUUCAGAAUGAAACUCCAAAGAAAAAGCCCAAAUUGGAAUCUAAGCCAUCUAAUGGAGAUAGUAGCUCUAUAAAUCAGUCAGCAGAUAGUGGGGGAACAGACAAUUUUGUCCUUAUAAGUCAACUGAAAGAAGAAGUGAUGUCACUUAAGCGUCUCUUACAGCAAAGAGACCAAACCAUUUUAGAAAAAGAUAAAAAGUUAACUGAACUAAAGGCAGACUUUCAAUACCAAGAGUCAAAUUUGAGAACAAAGAUGAAUAGUAUGGAAAAAGCUCACAAAGAAACUGUGGAACAACUUCAGGCCAAAAACAGAGAACUACUCAAACAGGUCGCAGCAUUGUCAAAGGGUAAAAAGUUUGACAAAAGUGGAAGCAUACUAACAUCUCCUUGAGAAAGCAAUUAUUUGUUUAGUGUUUCUGCGUACAGUGUAAAUUUGGGGGUGGGGGGAGAAUUCUGUGAAGCCCUAAAAUUCUCUGUAGUGGAAAAAUAUUUUUGCACACCAAAUGAAUUGGCGUGUUUCCUAUUCACUUUUGUAAUGGAUAUACAGCAUUUUUUAAGUUGUAAAACAUUCAAAUAAAACUUCAACUGGUUUGAAGUAACUUUUUAAUUAUUUGAUAUCCAGGAACUUUUUUGCCAGCAAUAGUAUUAAACAGUUGUAAAGGAGUGCAUGAGUAGUGCUCUUUAUAAAACUCAACAUGCAAUAAUAGAGUAGGUGUGGUUUUAAGAAGUCAAAGCAGCAGGGUUUUUUUGUGUUGUUUUUUCUUCACUAUGCUAAUUUGAGAUAAACAGUUUUCAAUUUAGAAAUACAAAAACUUUUAAACAAGAAAAGUAGUAAACACUGGUUUUUGGGGAAUUGUGUUUUUACUUUUCAUCAACAUAAAUUUAGGAAAGAAUCAUGGUGCUUCUAUUAAAUGAAAAGAAUAUAUGUAAAUAUGUUUUUAAAAGUUACAUCAUUAACAUUAGUAACCUAGCAUUUUCAUUAUUGGUAUAGGAAUUAAUGUUUAUUGUACAGUAUUCAAGGUAAAAUGUGUUUGUUUUGUAAAAACUACUGUAGAUUUUUACUUACAAGUGCCUUUUUGCCAGCUAAUGUUUUUAUUUAUAGGAAUGCUGAUCUUUUGUACAUAGUUUGUUUUAAAAUCAUGUUUAAUAAAUGUUUGUAUAUAAAUGAAUAUGUACAGAACCCUAUUUCAAAAGGAAAUCAAAGUUGCUAGUAAAAUGUUUGAGGUUGCAUUAAGAACUAACUCAAAAUGCAUAUAGACUUUAGAAGAUUUUGUGGUUUGUUUCUGUGUGAUAAGGGAAGCUGCUCGUCAUUGAAUUCAUUUAAUUAUGUCAAAAUACUUCCCCAAAGAUUUAACUUUAAGUCACUUCCAAUAGAGUAAUUUUAUUUUUAUGUCAUACGGCUUCAUAUUCAUAUUUCAUGAGUUACAUAUUUUGCUUUUUUUUAUAAAAAUUCUUUAAAAUUUAUAAUGUUUCUAUGAUGGUUGAUAUAUCUGCUUUCCCUAUAAUGUGUGGUUAUCUAAGUUAAUAUUUAUGUAUAUGAUACUUGAUUUGUAAAUUUAAGGCAAAUCUGGAAAAAAUUAAAUAACUUUUUAAUCCAGUCUGUGAUUAUCUUUGAAUAAAUUGGAAUCUAUAAGAUUCAGACACUAUUUAUAAGUAAAUUGUCUCAAAGUCUUUAAAAUUGUCUGUAACAGGUUAAGGUAGGGUGGAAUAGGUUAUGUGAAGUUAAUGACUAAUUACAUUCUGAUCUAGUGGUUUUCAGCAUGUAAUGGAAUUGAUCUACGCAUAUUGGUUCAGAUUUUAGUGCAAUUUUAAAGCCUCAGACAUUGCUAGAAACACUGUAAAGUAAAAGAGUUUCUUUUAGGAGUUUAUGGGCAGAGAUAAUUUGUUUCAAGUAAAACAGUUAUUAAAUAUAGCAGUUUUGAAGGUUUUGUUUUAAGACAAGCAUUGAUUAUGUCAUAUCAAAGAUUGGCUUUCUUAGCACAUGAUUAUAACAAUUCUUUUUAACAUGUGUGUUUCUGUAGACUAUUCCUAUAGUUUAUUAUAAAGUGAUACCAAAUAAUUCUUUGUCCAAUUUGGAAGCAUAAUAUAGGUUAUUUUCAAGUCAUAGUAAAAGAUUCAGUGAGAAUCUUGGAAAAAUUAGACCAGUUUAUUUUUGAGAUCUUUAUGUAAUAAUCUUAAAUUUACUCUCAACCAUGAUAGAUAAUGCCUUAACACGGAUUUUAAUGUUUGCAGGAUUCGCUAAAUUCAUAAGGUAGUUGUUACCUUUCUUUAAAAUUUAUAAUGUUUUAUAUUGUUUUAUAGCCAUUUGUCAAUCCACAGUGGUCAUUAUGGUUUUACUGUGAAUAGUUCUUAUACCUUGUUGAAGAUGCUACAAAAGAAAGUUGCCCUUCCCUUUAGCUAACAUUAAAAUUGAAAAUUAUUUAAUUUUAAUGUUAGCUAACAUAAGCAGUCCAAAUAAUUAAGUUUUGUAAAUUCCAAGGCUAAAACCUUUUAGUGGCUUCACAGUAUUUAGUCAUAAUUAAAUACCCUCUCUUUGCUUCAUGAUCUUAUUUUAUAACUUAAAUUUUUUGCAAUUGUAUAAACUAAUAAUUGAGUCCCAGUCCUGGAUCUGUAGUGUAUUGACAUAAUGAGCUGGUAUUCUUUAAAUGUGGAUCUGUAAGGAGAUACUAUGGUGUGCUGUAUUGUGCUCUUAGCCUGUUUUCCACUAUUAAUUAGCAUUUACCAGUGAGGGUCAUUUGGCUCCAAGUUAUUUAUGUAUUAAUAGCCUGUGAAUAUUGCAGUCCUUUUUAGAUUAUAUUGGUCUAAAUAUGCAUUCUGCAGUGAACCUGCUAAGCUGUUCACAUGUAUAGACUAUUGAAAUACUGUACUUGUACAAUCUGACUGUUGACAUUUUGUACUUUUUUCUAAAUCCAAUAUUUCACAAUAAAAACUUGUCAAAGGC